GCGGGGGAGUGGCGUAAUCGCGAGCUGGGCGAGAUCGCGAGGAGGUGGUGGUGUGUGCGUGACGACAGCGGUUUUUCGACGCGACGGUGACCCCGCGCGCGGACGCGGCGCGGCGCAGGAGAGUCGACGAGGCAAAAUACGAGGUACACGCGCGCGUGCGAUGUUAGCCGCUCGUCGGCCGAACGGAUUCGCGCGACGUAUUGCACAGUUACCCCUGGCCCGUGCGUGCGUGCCCGCGCUACGCCGAUGUGAGUCGGACGGCCGUCCCGGGCUACGAUAAAUCGCGACGCGACGUUUAGAUAUCAGGACGCCAGCGGUCAAUUUACGCAUCCACGAGCCGCAACAUGUUCUGGACGAAUAAUUACGUGUCGUCGCCGCAUAUCGAGGCAUUGCUCAACAAGGAGGAUGUCACGCUGCACGAGCUGAUGGAUGAGGAGGACAUCCUGCAGGAGUGCAAGAGCCAAAACAAAAAGCUGGUUGAAUAUCUCACGAGGCCCGCCGUUAUGGAAGAGUUGGUUACGUUAACCACUAAAGAGCCAUCCACGGACAUCGAAGAACGUUGGCGCUACAAGUAUCCCAAUGUCGCUUGCGAAUUGCUCACAUGUGAUGUGCCUACAUUGAAUGAGAAACUGGCAGGUGACGAGGCACUUUUGGCCAAAUUAUAUUCUUUCAUAGAUACAGAUCAGCCAUUAAAUCCACUGCUUGCGUCAUUUUUCAGUAAAACUAUCGGAGUGCUAGUUGCUCGUAAAAGUGACCAGAAUUGGUAUUCCUAUCAGUUCACAUGCUUACAGGUUUUAGAAUUCCUUAAGAGUCGCCAGAGAUGCGUAGAUCUACUGUUGCAACAUUUAGAGACUUCGGCCAUCAUGGACUUAGUACUCAAACUUGUAACUCAGGUUGAGGGCAGUGAUAUGCGUCAAAACAUAUUAAAUUGGCUAGAUAGUCAACAUUUAGUGCAAAGACUGGUAAAAUUGUUAGCACCUACUUCAGAAGUAGCGAAACACGCUAACGCGGCACAAUUACUUUGCGAUAUGGUGACGGUAGCUAGAGAAACUCAACGUACAUCCACAGAGCGCGCUGAUCCAGAUCCUAUUUUAAAUACCUUAGAAUCAGGAGAAACUGUGAGCCUAUUGCUAGAAACUAUCCUAACAACAGAAAAGGUAGAAAGUAGUAUUGUCGGUGGAAUACAAGUGCUUUUGGUACUCUUAGGUCAAAGAGCCAGCAACUCGUCAAAUGAAGGAGAUGUGCAUGGUAAUGGCGAAGAUACCACGGAUAAUGAGCAAUAUAUUAAAAUUUCUAAUGCUACUUUACCAUAUUUGGAACAUCUUCACAAACUUCUUCUAGACCCGCCACAUAAACCUGCCGUUAAAACAACCGUUGGACUAUUAGAAUGUCCAUUGGGAAACACUCGUUUGCACGUAGCAAAGUUGUUAAGUGCAUUACUGGCAACGGAGAAUUUGAAGAUCCACGAAAGUUUAGAAAAUUUGGGAACAUUCCAAACUUUGUUGGAUCUGUUUUUCAAGUAUACAUGGAAUAAUUUCUUACAUACGCAAGUACAACAGUGCCUGGCAUUAGCUAUUAACUGCGGACAACGGGAUAAUGAUAUUAUUUAUAAUAAUAUAUUUAUCAAGUGCAAAUUAAUAGAGAGAAUCUUAGAAGCAUGGGAGAAAAACGAGAGUAAACAAAACAAGGAAAAUGGAGUUCGCCAGGGCUACAUGGGUCAUUUGAUAAAUAUCGCGAACAAUAUCGUCAUCCAGUGUGAAAAAAAUAAUAUACUGGCCAGCUUCUUAAAGAACAAUUUAUCACCCGAGUGUCUUACUAAAUGGGAAAAUCUUGUGAGUGUACAGUUGGUGGAGAUUAAUAAGAUUCAUCAAACUGUAAUGAUGGGUGACCAGACUCCAGUGUACCUGAUGGGUUCCGAAGAAAAUCCAAACGAGUACAAUUCUUAUUCGCAAGAGGCAUACAUUCAACAGAUGUACUCCAAUUAUCAGGGUCAACAAAUAACACCUCCGUUCAUCGAAAACUUUGGAUUCCACGACGAUGAGUUUAAUGACGGCGAUGAUGCGCUUCAUAAUCCAGUUGACCAAUUAACAACGUUGGCCUUUACUCUCAGUGAAGAAGAUCUCGACAAGAGAGAAGAUAUGUUCAAUAAGCUGUGCCAACAAAAACAAAAAGCCGGGCUCGAGGAUUGCGGUAGUGGCCUAGAAUGGGGAGACGAGGGCGAACUGACGUUCCAGACCGUGGUGGACAAACGAGAUUGGCACUCGAAGCAACAACAUCAGGAUUCUAGUUCGUCGGACGAGGAUGACGAGGAGCCGCGUGACAUGCACAUGGAGGUCGACACGACUGAUCCUUGGGACACUACUGAACCACUCAACACUGGAACUAUACUCCCGCCGGUCAAUCCUUGGGAUGUGGUGCCGUCAGAACCAGUAGAAUCCACUGGAUGGGCCAAUUUUGAAAAUUUUGAAAAUACUUUAAGUAUAGAGAGUACCGUAAGCGAAGAUAAAAAGCCAUGCGAUGAGCUUAAGGAGAAAACAUUGGAAGCAACGGCCGAGAACUUAACGGAAAAGAAUACGGCUUCUAGCGAAAGUGUUGGAGAUGGUAUUGAAAAGAACAGAGACGUAGAUAGCCAAGUUGGAACGGGAUUACCGGUUGCGGAAACUAAUCUUAACGAAGACAAAUGUGACGAGCACAAAACGGUCUCCGUGAAGGAGAACGUCGAUUCUAGCGAGUUACCAGUUAACAGAGAUCUUCAGAGCACGACAGAGAUCGGAAAGGAUCCCGUAAAGGAUGUGAAGAGCGUGGAGAACGACAAACCGUCAAUUGAACAUCAAGUUCCAGCCGCUUCGUCGGAAAGUACAUCUACUAGCACCGUUGACGCCGUACCGGUGCCUAAAGACGCUAAAUGAAACGUUCCCCCUUGCCUAUGUUAAAUAAUCCAUGGCAAUAGGAAGAGAAUCAUAUCAGUAUCGAGUCGUACGCGAACGAUCGGAAGCAUAUUGCGCCUUCUCUAUUUUUCAUUAGACACCACACGUUAAUUAUGCUUUAAGAAAACGUUGACGCUGGACACAUUGUGGUCCUGCUGCAGGGUAUCUCUUUGAAUAAAUCCAGAAUGCCGAAAAAUGAUCGACGCUCAACUAUACUUAGCGAAUAAUUUGAUGUUUAUUACAUAUAGGUACAUCCCGUUCCCUUUCUAUCCCGCCCCUCGAAUGGCCAACGUCUAUAAGUAUCCGUGCAAAAAUCAAGUCCUCCCUCUGUCUCAUAUAUUUUACGAUUAUUGUUAAGAGUUUCGUAAAUUGUUAUACGUAACCGCUAAAUGAUUUCUAGCAAAGUAAAACGAAGUGAAGAAUGGAGAAGAUAAAUCGCAACGUUGCGAUUUUUACGCGAUUUAUAUAGACAAUUUGUAAAGAGAGGGAAAGGAGAUGAUGGAUAAAUCUCGCAUCUGCUUACUCCACUCGCGACAUUGAUUUUUCACAUACACGUACACACACGAAGACACACAAACACAGAACAUUUAUUAUACGUUUAUAUGUUAAAGAAGCGGAAACAUAAGAGAGUUAUCGUAACGCUGUUUAAUAUUAUAUAAGACCGGUAUUUCACAAACUGGUGCUUUUGCUUAUUCCUUCGAUAAGGCAAAGGUACUUAGGUGCAGUGCCUACUGUUUAACUGAGUGUACGUUAGUUCAACGUAAUGAUAAGAGAGGAAAGAGGGUAGGAGAGAGAAAGAGAGUCGAGAGUAUUUUUAUUACCUUUUGUCGUAAUAACCAGUCGAAAUUUGUACAUGAUGUCAUACUAAUCGUGCCCUUGACGAACUGCGCGCUUAUUUGCAUUCCACCAGGAACAAAAAGAGAGGGAAGAUUUAUACGUACCUUUAAGCGACCGUUGAAGUCUUCAUCGAGAUCUUCCAGAAGUAAAUCGUUUCAUUGCAGAAAUUAAUGUGUCUAAAGUGUCGCGCGUGCUUCGUUCGAGCUGUUUUAUGUACACCCAUCGUUCUUCGAGAUUUCAUUCAUUUUUGCGAGUUAUGUUACCUGACUGUUCCGAUUUUGCGACUUUCUUCUGCCUCGCAGAUUUUGCAGCAGCAAUGUGUUUAUAGCGUUGUACACGAGAUAUUGUUCAUAAUUAAAUGAAGGGAAAAAAACUAAUAAAACAUUGUUCUAAAUCCUAAA